AUGUCCCAGUACACCCAGUACCAGGUGUGCUCCUUCCAGGAGUCCCUGCAGUGGCGGGAUCAGAGCCACUCUCAGGUGACAGGGUGUGGCCCCCCGGGGCGGGCGGUGCCCCCAGGUGGGUGGCCCCCCCGGGUGACGCGGCUGUCCCCGUGUCCCCGUCCCCGCAGGUGGAAGCCGCAGCUGCAGGAGCUGCUGAAGCUGCCGGCGUUCAUGCGCGUGUCCUCCACGGGGAACAUGCUGAGCCACGUGGGCCACACCAUCCUGGGCAUGAACACCGUGCAGCUCUACAUGAAGGUGCCCGGCAGCCGCACGCCCGGCCACCAGGAGAACAACAACUUCUGCUCGGUGAACAUCAACAUCGGCCCCGGCGACUGCGAGUGGUUCGCGGUGCACGAGCACUACUGGGAGACCAUCUCCGCCUUCUGCGACAGGCACGGCGUGGACUACCUGACGGGCUCGUGGUGGCCCAUCCUGGAGGACCUGUACCGCUCCAACAUCCCGGUGUACCGCUUCGUGCAGCGCCCCGGCGACCUGGUGUGGAUCAACGCCGGCACCGUGCACUGGGUGCAGGCCACGGGCUGGUGCAACAACAUCGCCUGGAACGUGGGGCCGCUGACAGCGUACCAGUACCAGCUGGCCCUGGAGCGCUACGAGUGGAACGAGGUGAAGAACGUCAAGUCCAUCGUGCCCAUGAUCCACGUGUCCUGGAACGUGGCCAGGACCGUCAAGAUCAGCGACCCCGACCUCUACAAGAUGAUCAAGUACUGCCUGCUGCAGUCCAUCAAGCACUGCCAGGUGCAGCGCGAGAGCCUGGUGCGCGCGGGGAAGAAGAUCGCCUACCAGGGCCGCGUCAAGGACGAGCCGGCCUACUACUGCAACGAGUGUGACGUGGAGGUGUUCAACAUCCUGUUUGUGACGAGCGAGACGGGCGGGCGCAACACGUACCUGGUGCACUGCGAGGGCUGCGCGCGGCGCCGCGGCGGCGGCCUGGCCGGCGUCAUCGUCCUCGAGCAGUACAAGACCGAGGAGCUGAUGCAGAUCUACGACGGCUUCACCCUGGUGAGCGCCGGGGACAGCGGGGACAGA